AUGGCGGCGGAGCGAAAGGCCUCGAUCACGGUGGUUGACGAAAACACUGUUGGUGUCACGUCCAUCUUGUCCAGACGCGGUGAACAUGCCAUUCUUCAAGAAGGCGUCUCCAAGGACGAACUGACCCUGGGCGCACUCGGUUACAAACAGGAGUUCAAGAGGUACUUCACCAUCUGGGAGUCCUUUUCUGUGUCGUUCUCCGUCCUUGGCCUUCUUCCAUCCAUUGCUUCCACCAUCGGCUACAGCUUGGGUUACUCGGGCACCGGUGGUGCCGUGUGGGGAUGGCUGGUGGCCGCGCUCUGCAUUCAGUCCACCGCCUUCACCAUGGCUGAAUUGUGCUCCAGCAUGCCUACGGCCGGCGGUCUCUACUACGCUUCUGCAGUUCUGGCGCCUGAAGGAUGGGGCCCUCUGGCCUCAUGGUUUGUGGGUUGGUCGAACUUUUGCGGCUUUGUGGCCGGACCCUGCUCUGUCAACUACGCGCUGGCCUCGAUGCUGAUCACCUGCGGCAUGAUUUCCAACCCAGAUUAUGUCCCCGAGACGUGGCAUACAUAUUUGGUUCUGCUGUUGUUGCUCAUCAUCAAUGGCCUCAUCACCAUGCAGUCGACGUGGUUCAUCGGCUGGGUCAACAAGGUCGGAACCCUGAUCAAUUUGAUGGUGGCCUUCAUUUUCUUCAUCUGGUUCCCUGCUGGCUCGAUCAACCACCCCAAGACCAACGACCGUCACACGAUUUGGCUUGAAUUCCAGAACGGGACCGAGUGGCCCAUUGGCUGGGCUACUAUCAUGGGUUUCCUGACCACCAUCUGGACCAUGUCGGGUUACGAUGCCCCGUUCCAUCUCUCGGAAGAAUGCAGCAACGCGAACAUUGCCUCACCACGAGCGAUUGUCAUGACGGCACAAUUUGGGCUGUGGCUGGGUUGGGCCGUUGUCCUUGUGAUUGCAGCCACCGUCGUCGACAUCGACGAUGUCGUCGCGGGCCAGUACGGGCAGCCAUUCGGGAGUCUGUGCCUGCAGGUGCUGGGAAAGAGGGCCGGGCUGGCCAUGUUCUCUCUCAACAUCAUUGCCCAGUUCUUUGUCGGCGUGGGUUGCACCAUCACGGCAACGCGGGUCGUAUUUGCCUAUUCUCGAGACGGUGCCAUCAUUGGGUCGCGAUGGUGGAGCCAAAUCCAUCCCAAAACCAGGACUCCUGUCUAUGCAACUUGGGGUGUGCUCACCGUCUCGUCCUUGCUCGGCUUGUUGUCGUUUGCAAGUCCGGUGGCUAUCGGUGCAGUGUUUAGCAUCGGCGCAAUUGCCCAAUACACCGCCUUUACGACCCCGGUGGUCCUGAAACUGUUCAAUAACGACAGAUUUCGCCCAGGCCCGUGGCACUUGGGACGGUUCUCGAAGCCCCUGGGAAUCAUCGCCUUUGGAUGGUGGUGCCUCAUCGUUCCAGCCCUCUGUUUCCCGGCCGUCAAAGGCAAGGACCUCAACGCGCUCACCAUGAACUGGACCUGUCUCAUUUACGGAGGCGUGAUGUUCAUUGCAAUGUCCUGGUAUGCCAUCAGUGGUAGGAAAUGGUUCAAGGGACCUCGUGUCAAUGUGCAAUACACCCAUGAGGGCGUCGAAAUACUCGACGCACCGGCGGAUGGCACCGAGAUAUCAACCAAGGAGAUGGAGGCUACAGAGCUCAAGGGGUGA